AUGGAGGUGGUCGGUGGAAAGGAAGCCAUUAAUGUGGAUCUGAGAAGAACUAAGCAUAUUCUCUUCACUCCUCGUGACUCUUACAUGAUCACUUAUGAGCCAUACAUCACGUAUGGACAGAAGUCGUCACCGACCCAGAAGCCUGAACCGAACAUGCGGGUUUUCAGCGUAGCGGAUGGCAAGCAAGUGGCAGCGUUAGUUGCUUUGAAGGAGGGCUAUUUAGCUAAUGGCGGUCAUCAGAUUUGUGACAUGGGUUAUGGCAGCGAUGCACAUGAAGGCGCUUUCCACUGUGGCCUGGCCUGA